CGUGUGAAAUCUGUAUCAAAUCCUUUCUCUCUUACCCACCAUCGUCAAAACUGAUUGGACCUGUAAAUAGUGCGGGGGAACGUAGACAUUUUAAAUAGAAUUCUGAACCAGUUUGUAACUUGUAAAACAAAGAGCCAUGGCAUUGACUAACUUGAAAAAAGUGUUUUCCCUCUUUUCUCUGGUCGCGUUGGCCAUCUUACAUUCCUCAUUCGAUGUUGCCUCUCUUUCUGUGAAUGAAGAGGCAGAGAUGGAUGCUCUACUCAAUUGGAAAGCUAGUCUUCAAAAUGAGACACAGUCACCCCUGCCUUCAUGGAUUCUCCUUCCUAAUAAUGCAACCAGUUCUUUGAGCAAUCAAAAUACAAGCUCAAGCUCAAGCCCAUGCAGUUGGUUCGGUAUUUCUUGCACCCAAGCAGGAAGUGUUACUACAUUAAACUUGACGAACUCUCGCUUGAAAGGUACGCUUCAUGAUUUUCCAUUCUCAUCUCUCCCUAGUCUUGCUUACCUUGAUCUCAGCAUGAAUGAGCUAUUUGGUACAAUCCCUCCUGAAAUUAGUCACCUCUCCAAACUCAAAUUUCUUGAUCUAUCCUUUAAUAACUUUUCGGGGGCAAUCCCACCGCAGAUUGGCCUACUGAUCAAUCUUGAGAUCCUGUCCCUAGCUGAAAAUCAAUUAAAUAGCUCGAUUCCUCCAGAAAUAGGCCAGUUAAAGUCUCUCAAUACCCUUUUAUUGUUUGCCAACAAUCUCCGUGGCUCCAUUCCUGCUUCUUUAGGUAAUUUGAGCAACCUGAUUCACUUGUAUCUCAAUGAUAAUGUGCUUUUGAAUUCCAUUCCAGCAUCUUUGGGCGAUUUAAGCAACUUGGCUUAUUUGGCCCUUUAUAAUAAUCUACUCUCUGCCUCCAUUCCACCAGAAAUUGGAAACCUUAGCAAUUUACUUGAACUUGAUAUAAGUAACAAUAGUUUAACAGGUCCCAUUCCUUAUAGUAUUGUAAACCUUGAAAUGCUAACAUUGUUGCAAGUGUUUCAAAAUCACCUCAACGGCUCCAUCCCCCCAGAAAUUGGAAAUUUAAAGUCCAUAACUACUCUUGAUCUCGCCAACAAUCAAUUAAGUGGUACUGUUCCAAUUUUCUUGGGUAAUUUAAGUUCCUUAGAAGUUCUAUAUCUUCGUGAAAACCAAUUUUCUGGUCCUAUUCCUCAAGAGAUAGGAAAUCUCACAAAGUUGACUACGCUGGUCCAAUACCAAAAACCUUGA